AUGUUCCAUGUCGGAAAUAGCCAUAAAUGCGACUCGUGCGGAAAAUCAAAUGAGCUUCACGGAAAACGGCACAAGGAUAUCUUGACCCUCAUCGAGCAAAUCCAUGCACUCGAUAGAGGGGAACAGUCUCGUGGUAGCAAGUUCUCCAACCACACGACCAUCUUUGACAGAGCUCCCCUUACUCCUGGGCGAAAUGUGGUAAGGGCGGCCAGAGGUAUCGCCCUCCUCACACUGGGGGACUCUCCAUCAUCUCUAAGGAGAACACUGUCUGCCAAGGACAGGAGAGCGGAGAAAAAGGCUGUCAAGCUGGAAAAGGACAUGACAAAGAACAUGAAGCGUCAAGCGAACCGCCUAACUGUGCCAGGAGUCGUUCUGGCGAGUUCGGUCGAGCUUGUAAACAAGGCGAUUCACGGCACGAACCAUCUCGAGUCCUCCAUUAGCCCCCAAGAGGCAGAUGCCUUUUUCGUUGCCAGCAUCCGGAGAUUUCAAGAGCUAGAACACCAGAUCCAGGAGCUCGCCGCCAAGAGGGAAGCCACCAAACAUGUCGAGCUCAAAGACGGCAAAGUGAGCUCCCCUGCGCGCGAAAAGGGAGACUACCGCGGCGUCAAUAAGCUGGAGCUGCCAAUGAUACGGGAGAUUCUGGCCCAGCUGGCCAUCCGGGUCCGUCUGAACGAGAAUGGUUACGACAAGGACCGGAAAGUGUUGCUUAUGAAAGUUGCAGACGCUGUGUGCUCUGAUAUAAUGCUGGUAGCGAACGAGGCGCGGGAGACGAUGAGACGCAGCGCUGGCUACUGGCGGUUCGUCAACAAACGGACAUACAACGCCAUGGUCCGCAACAGCAAGAUUGUAAACUGGGAGACGGGCGAGAAGCUGCCGGAAUGCAGGUCGAUCGACAGUGCGCCUGACACGCAGUCCUAA